AUGAAAUGGCGGAGCUACAGAAAUGUUGAAAAGGCAACGUCCUGGACGUUGAAGUGUUGGAAUCUGUACCUGAAGACGCUUGCUUACGGUUCCGGCGGAAGGAUUUCAAUGUAUGAUGCGCCAAGAAUUGGACUAGCCAUUUUGAGUUACGUGUGUGUUGGCAAGACUAACAGACAGUCACCUGUCUAGUUGGACAACAACAGGGUAGAGACAUGAUUAACAUAACUGGGAUUCAGACUCUUAGGUUGCCAAGUACAAAAGGUGAUGGGAUGGUCUGGUUGAUUUGCUCCUCAUUCUCUAUGUUACAGAAUGGAUAAACCAUCACAGUCUGCACUUCCGACAUGUCCAAAGGCCAUCAAGACCAUCACAGUCGUCCACCACAAGCGGGUGACACCUUCAUCUGGACUACCCAUCACGCCUCAGUCGGAUAAACUCCAGCAAGGAGGUCGAAGGAAGGUCAUCAGCUUGCUUGUGUCCCCUGUUGACUCAGGCUCAAAAUCAGCGGAAUCCCAGAAGUCUGCGAACUCUGCUGGUGAGGCCACCAAUUUCUCAGAGGUGAUAGCCCCAAGACCUGUGAAUCUUGUGAGACGGCUUGCAAACAACCAAACAGUUUCGUCAGCGUUGACGGAAGCAUUGCCGUUUAUCCCCGGUGCAACACCGACACCAACGAGUCCACCAGGCACUAGCACGUCAACAAGCACAAAUGUGAAAAGGUCAGAUGGAGUUCCAGCACGGACACCGGUGUCAGGACAGAAUCAUGCUCUCCCUCAAAGCCAGAAGUCGGUGCGAGUAGUGACAGUAAGGCCCGAAAUCGGCCCUGUUAGGAAGCCUGGAGUCAAUCUUGACGAGUCGUUAAAGGCAUCAAAGAAUCCUGAUUAUAACAAGACGCUGUUGGACUAUUUGAACAAAACACUGUCGAAAAGUGGGCGUGUGACAAUGAUAAAAGAUGGAAAACAGCUACGAGAAGAAAUCCAGAAUGCCGGGGACAAACUGGUUGUUGUGGACUUCUUCUCAAUGGGGAGCUCCGCCUGCCAGAGGACCGCCCCCCAGGUCCAGCAGCUAAGUCUGGAGUAUGAGGAUGUCGUCUUCCUCAAGGUGGAUGUGGAACACACUCAGGAUGCAACGCUGAUGUACAAUGUGCAGACAACCCCGACCUUUGUCCUCCUGCGGGGAGGGGUCAGAGUGUACCAGCUGGAGACCCCGGAUGUCAUGGAGCUUGAGGAGAGGAUUAAGACAUUCCACUUACAGGCACCCCCCAAGAUCAGACAAGAGAAAUCAAAAAUUGAUCAACCUGAAACGUGUAACUACCUUGACAACAGUGGCCACUUGAGCAACAAAGACUGGGAGCUCGAUCCAUUCUCAGGUCAAAUGAAGGAGAAGUCAUCCGUUGGAAAAGAUUCCAAGUCGUCCAGUUCUACAGACUUUGUGAAGCAAGUGUUGAAGGAUUGGCUGGUGACCAAACCACAACGCGAGAGUCCGGAGAGCGAAACCUGCAUCAGCCCACAAAAGGUUACUUUGCCAUUCCUAAAAGAACAGGAAGUUCAGCUGAAUUUUGCGCCAGAAGAAGAGGAAAAGGAUGGGAGCAAUUGUGUUGAUGUUGAAAGUAUUCACGAGAAUAGCAGUGGUGCUCAGUCAAGUAUCUUUGGCUCCAUUAAGAUUGCGGAUAGUAGGAGCAUACAACAAGAGGCCAUGUCUAAAGAGGAAACUCCAAAAACUUUGUCCAGAAAGCAAAAUUCACAACAAUCAAAGCCGAAGUCACAAUCAUCUCCUGUAGCAACAACUACAAAUGUAGUUGUCUCCCCUUACCUGACUCCACCUUUCGUCAGCCAGGAGGAACCACGAGAUAUUGAGAUUGCUGUUCCCAUGACGUCAGUUACUCCAACUUCAUCCCCUUUCAAGAGAAUGACGGCACCUUCAUCCCAGAUGCUGUUUGGGGGAAGCUCUCCAGGGGCAUUUUGGAAAUCAAUCAGUAAAGAUGUGAUAAGGAGUAGCGAUGAAGAAGAUGUGGCUGAUGAAUAUGUGGAGCUGGAUGAUCAUGAUGACGAUGGCGACGACGAUCGUGCUGGUGGUGAUGGUGAAGGCAGAGUUGAAGGUUCUGGAAUUGUCUCCAAAUCAGGGUCAUUUUCGAAAGAAUCCAGGGCAAAAGAUUUUGUUGCCAGGUCUAAUGACAGUGUGAAAUCGUUAUCAUGGUUGAACCAACCAAGUAUCUUAACCCCUUCAUCCUCGGUGCGCUCAAAAAGCAGUAAGACUAUUGUGACAGAACAAGUGUUUGAAAGUGGGGAAGACAUGUUCUCAAAGGAGAAACCAGAAGGUGCCACCUAUUUCUCGAUAUCAAGCCGGCCUCGACUAAGUCCACCAGUUGAAUCAUCAGAGGUGAAUGCAACCAGGGAAUCAGUCUCCCUCUCAUCAAUAAGAACAGAUUCUUCUAGUGCCAUUUUUGUGAAAGUCUCGCCCCCUGCUAGCAACAAAAACAAGAGCAAUAAAAGGCGAAUUUCAUCUUACAACGCUAAACAGGUUGUCCCAGAAAAGCGCUCAAAGAUGGAAGAGCAGAAGCCAGAGAAAAAAUCUGCGUUAUCUGCUUCGCAGUCAGAUGACAAUUCAGAUAACUGCUUUGUGAUUUUGUCUCGUGAUCCGAGAAUCGAAGAACUUCUCAGUGCCAAGAAGAAGUCUGCUCCUGCAAAAAAGAAGCGAACAAGUUCUGCCUUGGGAAAUACCUUUCUCAAAAAACAGAAAACCUCGAGAAAUCAGGAAAUUGAUGACAGCACAGAAAGCACUGACCUUGACCCUGAGAAGCAGGGUGAUGAAUCUGGUAUGAAGGUCGCUGGCGAUGGAACCCAUGCAGCUCAGCUGUUAACAGAGCCAGGUCCAAAGCGUUGUCCGGUGUGCAGCAAGUCUUUGUGCAAUCGCAGCUCUUUGCGGCGGCAUAUACGGAUGCUGCAUGGCUUGGAUCCUAACUCAUCGGACUUGGGGAAAUUACCAGUGCCCACGGAGCCGGUCACUCAAUUGGCACCACAAUCUAAACAUCCCAACAAGUUCACUUGUUUGAAGUGUGAUCGUUAUUUUGAAUCGGCAAUUGGUGUGAAAAGACAUGCUGUACAAAUUCACAGAAACAUCAAGGAUGACGAACCACAGUUCGCAAUCAGUGCGACCAAGGCUGGAUCUGAAAUCUGGACUUGUGUGAUCUGUGACAAGGACUUUUACAAUUCCACAGGACUGCUCAAGCAUAACAAUGUCCUACACAGAAACACCAAAGAGAGCAAAAUGUUUGCUCAAAGUUUGUUUCAGAUGCAGACGUAUUGUUGGAAGUGUCAAAAGAACUUUAGCAGUAAGAAGUGUUUGCGACGACAUGUUAAAGUUGUUCACCGGGUCAAGUCUGGAGUUCUACCCCAAAAUCUCAUGUCAGCUGCAGGUACAAAAUCAAGCCAGCAGACAGUUUCCAAGCCCCAGCAAAAAACGAGUUCAAAACCAGGUGAAGGUGGCCUGAAGGUUGCGCAGGUUGAGGAUGCAUACCAGUGUCCGUCGUGUCAGAUGAUUUACAAAGACAGACGCUCAUGCUACAAACACAUCGUCAGGGUGCACAGACGCAAACUUGGGGUUCUCGUCAUUCGCCGGAAUGUUGAAAAGGAGAACACCUAUUGCUGGAAGUGUGAUAAAACCUUCAGCAGCAGUAAAUGUUUUCACCAGCAUGUCCGCGUCAUCCACAAGAUUCACACAGGGAAACUUCCGCCCAAGCCUGAACGGGAAUCCAGCAAAGCUGUCUCAGCACAGGGUGCGACAGAAGGCAAGAAGGGCCUAAAAUGUAGUAGGUGUCAGGAGCUGUGUCCAGACAUGUCCAGCCUUCUCCUUCACGUCCGAGACAAACACAAGCCUGGCGGUGGGGCACGACCAAGGUUUCCGUUGAGAGAACACCGACAAAAGACAGCUCCGCGGAGAGUAAACGUGGAACCUCUCAGAGUGACGAACCACCAUUUUCACCAUCCAGCAGAGGGAUCUGUUUUGUCGUCAGUGUGGCCAGAGAUAUUCUAACCUCGCCAACCUGAAGAGGCAUCAGCUGAAGCAUCAAUGGCAAGGUGCUGACGCCUUUACACAACCAAGCUGGUUUGGCAGAGAAAGCAAAAGUGGAAGUAACAACACAGAAAGUGAAAGUGAAAACAACACCGGAGAAACCGAAAGUGAAAGUGACACCGGAGAAACAGAAAGUGAAAACAGAGAAGAGCACGCCUAAGCCUGACGCACCUUGUUACACUUGUAAAUGUGGGGAAAGGUUCACAGACUUCGCCCACCUGAUGAAGCACAUCGCCGUGGACCACAAGCGGAAAAUGGCCAAGAAACUAGUGGAUGUGGCAUCUGAGGCGAGCAGUGAAGACGAGGAAGAGUCCAAAGAGGAUCAAGAGGAGAAUCAAGAGGAGGAAGGUCAGGAGGAGGAGGACGGUCAGAAGGAGGGAGGAGGAAAACAUGCAGAGGAUAAGACGUUUACCUGUGAGAGGUGUGGACGCCGCUAUGCAACCCGAGCCACUUUACAGCGACACAAGAAGGUUAUUCACAAGAUGAAAUCAGACCUGAAAGACAAGGG